AUGGUCACUUAUAGUACUGGCAAUUCCGUCACAACGUUUACCGUCACAAAGGAAUUUUUUGAUUCCGUCUAUGACGAUCUUCGAACAACCAAAGAAAAUGAUCGGGUUCUACUUGCUGCUUGGAAUACCGAUCUCAUUCCUUUGAAACCUGAGGUUGAUCCAACUGGUGCAAAGACAAAUUUUGAUAUUGUCUUUGGUGACGUUGUCAAACGUGGAGGAGAUGUCAAGAUAUUGGGAUGGGCAAACAAGUAUCUCUUCUACCAGGACAUUAACGUACGAAACAAAAUUAACGAGCUUCCAACGUCCGGUCUAAAUGAUGGGAAUGCACUGUUCAUUUUCGACGACCGUCUUCCUCAUACCUUAUCAUCACAACACCAAAAGACACUUGUAAUUGCUAAAGGUACAUCUUCUGAUGCUGACGAUCAGCCAGUUGCGUACGUGGGAGGCAUUGAUAUCACAAAUGACCGAUGGGAUACUAUUUAUCAUAACGCAUCUGCGAUUCGAGACGAGGCUGGGAUUUCUUUUCGCAACAAGGGAUGGGUCGACAGUAGUUUACGCAUCCACGGCCCGGCCGCAAAGGAUGUGGCUAAUAAUUUUCUUGCUCGCUGGAACUCACCUUAUUUACCGUCACAAGACUUGAUUGACGACCUUGUUCAAUUUGAAAACCCGCCAUACCCCUCCCUGCCAUCACUUGACUACAGCAGUAGUAACACUACCUCCAAACUUGGCAGCCACAAUGUACAGAUUGUGCGAACUUACAGCUGUAAGUACAAGAAGUGGGAGUUUGCCCCAAAUGGUGAAAAGUCGCUCUUUCAUUCACGUAUCAAGGCCAUUCAGAACGCCAAGAACUUUAUCUACAUCGAGGAUCAAUAUUUUAUCGUGGUACCGGAGCUACUGGAUGCUCUAAUGAAGGUCAUGCCAGGUCUUCAGCGUCUUAUUGUUGUCGUACAGCCACCGGAGCUUAUGAGUAAAUGUGGUGGAUUCGAGAAGUACAUGUACGAGAAUAUCCAGCCUAUAAAGGAAAAGUUCCCGAACAAGUUCAGAGUGUACUCGAUGAAGCCCGACUUGGACAUUUACCUUCACAGUAAGCUGGUAGUCAUCGACGACGUUUAUUUGUCAGACGGCUCUGCCAACUGGAAUCGCCGAAGCAUGACUUCAGAUCCGGAACUGGAUGCGAACGUCGUUGACAGCGAAACAGUAAAAUCUCCUGAUGGUAUCAUGGUGGGAAAGUUGAUUCGCGACUUUCGCAUACGCAAAUUUCAAGAGAUGACGGGUCAAAGUUACGAGAAUAUCGAGAAGAUGAAGUUUCUUGACGCUGCGGAUCUGUACGACGAGGCAGCAAAACGAGAAUCCUCUCUGAUUCAAAAGUUUGAUAUUGACAGCAAAUGGUACUACAAACUUUUUUACGAGUCUUUACGAGACAAAGUUGAUCGGUUUGAUACUUGUACGACCCCAGGUGUGACGGAUCCGGUUUGA